AUGAAGGAUUGCAGCUUUACAAUUUACAUUUUUAUCCUCGGCGCCCUGUUGUCCAGUGUUGGAGCAAACGAUUCUGACAACGAAAUCGACAUUGAGUCGCUGCUGAGGAGCAUCUCCGCUAGUUUGACAGUGAGGGGCGAGCCUGCUGUCAUUGACCGAGCCCUGCAGAUCGAGGGCGGCCUGUUGGAAUCGCUUGAGAAUGAAAUUCCUGUUUAUCAGAGUGAUUCUGGAGACGUUUCUCGGACUGCCUUCACGGAUGGACCUGAACUCGAUGGUCCAAAGGUUCAAACGAAGUAUGGAGUUUUGAAAGGACUUACAGUAGACAAAGCGCAUAUCUUUUACGGAAUCCCCUUUGCAGAUCCACCGGUUGGCGCACUACGCUGGAAACCGCCGACCCCAGUGACACCGUGGAAAGGCGUGUAUGAUGCCACCUUUCCAAGGCCCGCCUGCAUGCAGGCAUGUAGUGGUCCAAUAUCAGACGAAUGUCCAGCAAAGGUUAGUGAAGACUGUCUGUAUCUCAACAUCUUCGUGCCUUUGGAUGUUAACUUCACGUCCCCUCUGUUAAAACCACUGCCGGUGAUGGUGUGGAUCCACGGCGGGGAUUUUAUAGCCGGGUCCGCCUCUAAACCGCUAUACGAUGGGAGAUUUAUCAGCAACUUUACCCACACAGUGGUCGUGAGCUUGGAGUAUCGCCUAGGGGCAUUUGGAUUCCUUGUCUCUGGGAAAGAUCCCAAAACUUCAGCUGUGGGUAAUUAUGGAAUCCUGGACCAGCAAGCAGCGCUGCUCUGGGUCCAACAGAACAUCGAUUUUUUUGGAGGGAACCCCAACAAGGUGACGAUAUUCGGGGAGAGCGCAGGGGCGCAGUCUGUGAGCCUCCACCUGAUGAUCCAGAGCAGCCAGCCGCUGUUCAGACAGGCAGUGUUCCAGAGUCUUCCCUUCUCCAUUCCCCUGAAGACCAGACACGAUGCGCUGAAGCUGGGGAAGAGUUUUGCCAAGCUUGCCAACUGCACCAUCAAGGACUGGGCCUGCCUGAAGCCCCUCAGCUCCCAGGCUGUGCUGGCUGCUCAGGUCAAAGCAGGAGCCAAGAUCGUGAACCCAUUCAGGUUCCUGGAGAUAUUCGAGACCUGGGGACCCUACAUCGACGGCGAGCUGAUCAAGGAGCAGGCGGUGACGGCGUUCCAGAAGGGUCACUGGCAGAAGGAGAAGCCGGUCCUGCUCGGGACUACCUCUGAGGAGGGGGUGAUAUUUGUGUAUGGGGUUUUCACCAAGCCUGUCUCUGUGGUCGAGUGCACAGUCUACACCACGGCCAUCUUCAAACAGCACGCCCUGAAGAUCCUGCACAAGUACUUGCCGCUGUUCAAGGCCAAAGACUGCCGGGCCAUGCUGGCGCAGAUCGUCACUGACUUCGUGUUCCUGUGCCCGUCGCGUAAGUCGGCGCGCGCAGGCACGGCGUCGGGCAGCUCGGUGUGGAUGUACGUCUUCGACCACGUGGUGGCGGACCACCGUGUGUGGGCGGGGCUGAGCUCCUGCUAUGAGCACGUCUGCCACGGCGCGGAGCUGCCUUUCCUCUUCAACUCGGCAGCCGUGGCAAACUUCACCCUCACGCUGCCGGAGAAGCUGCUGGCCAAUCGCGUGCUCUGCUACUGGGGCGCCUUCGCCCACGCGGGCGACCCCUCCGCCCGGGUGGAGCAGACCAACUUCUGCCAGCAGCAGCGGCCGCCUGCCUGGCCCCGGUACUCGGACACCAGCUCCUGGCUGUUGAUGAACCUCACCGUGCACUCCCACGCCCAGGCUGGCUCCCGGGACCGCCUUUGCGACUUCUGGGACAAGCUGGGCAUCUACUAG